AUGUCUACGAAUUUUCGAUGGACCCAAGGCUACGGCGGAUCCUGGGUGAAGCGCAUGGUGAGAAACAAGAACAAGCUGCUGGAUCCGUCGGCGGGUACUGGACCAGGAGGAAACGGCGCCGGCUGGCAUACGUGGAGCCAGGUUCUGGGCUUAGGAUCGUCAUGA